UGGUGGGGAAUAGAAAGAUGGUGGGAGGAGAAGAGGAGGAAAAAGCAAUAUCAUUAUCAAGGAAACAGUAGUAAAGUGAAUAGAGAUGAUAUGAUAGAGUUGAAUUGAAUUGAAUUGAAUUGAGUACAUACAUAAAUGCAACUAACUGCCUCUCUUUCUAUUCAUUCAGCAGCAGAGAUGCUCUCAAACCCAUCCUUCUCCUCUGCCAUGUCUCCCUCUAGGGUUUCUCCUUUUCUCUCACCACCAAUUGCUUCCAUCAUCCCACACCAAAAUUGAAACUUUAUCAUCAAUUCAGAAUUGCAAUGGAAGAUCAUAAAUUGGGUCUUUGACAUUUUCACCUUUUUUUUUCUUCUUCUUGCCUCUCCUCGUUUUCCCCUUCUUCAACACCGCAUUCGAUGAAUGAUAUGAAGGCAAGAAGGGGUUAUUGCGGGUGGCCAGAUGUGAGACAACUUAGCUUUAGAAAAGGUCUUCUAUAUGGAUUUAUGCGAUUGUUUUCUUUACCGUUAAAAACAUUGCGUGGAGCUAGUCGGUCACUAAGGGUAGAUCGAUUUUGCAGUGUAGUGUAUACUUCUUCCUCAUUGCAGAUUGAAUUGGUUCCCUGCCUUAGGGACAAUUAUGCAUAUCUCAUAUAUGAUGUUAAUACGGGAACUGUGGGUGUUGUUGAUCCUUCUGAAGCUGCGCCAAUCAUAGAUGUUUUGAGCGAGAAAAAUCUGAAUUUGACAUACAUACUGAACACCCACCACCAUGAUGAUCACACAGGUGGAAAUGCAGAUUUGAAAGAAAGGUACGGGGCAAAGGUAAUUGGUUCCGGACUAGACAAGGAAAAAAUUCCUGGUAUUGAUAUCCAUUUGAGUGAUGGGGAUAAGUGGAUGUUUGCAGGCCAUGAAGUGCAUAUAAUGGCCACACCUGGUCACACCCAAGGCCACAUAAGCUUCUAUUUUCCUGGAUCUGAGGCAAUUUUUACUGGAGACACCUUGUUCAGCUUAUCAUGUGGCAAGCUGCUUGAAGGAACUCCGGAACAGAUGCUAUCUUCUCUUGAAAAGAUAAUGCUGUUACCAGACAAUACGAGUAUAUACUGUGGUCACGAAUAUACAUUGAGUGAUUCAAAGUUUGCAUUGUCUAUAGAACCUGGAAACAAAGAACUUAAAUCCUAUGCUGCCCAUAUAGCUCACCUUACGAGUAGGGGCUUUCCCACGAUUCCAUCUACGCUGAAGAUGGAAAAGGCUUGCAAUCCAUUCCUCCGCACAAGCAGCUCAGAGAUCCGACAAAAAUUAAAUAUAGCUGUCACGGCAGAUAAUGCAGAAGCCUUGAGUGUUAUCCGGCAAGCAAAGGAUAAAUUUUAGAUUUUUUUCAAUUUAAAUUUUAAAUUCCAAUUAUACCUAUUAUGUAUAGAUUAGGUCAAAUUAAUUCAUCCAUGAAAUAAUAUUUACUUGGUAUCUUCUUCAUAUAAUUCUUCAAUCUUCCUUGAGUUUAUUUGGAAUUUGUUGUUAUAAAUUAGAUUACAUUGUGUUGGCACAAUGGGGGUCAAAUUCCUUUUGCAUGGAAUAAUAGGUGUUUGUUUGGAUUAACUUCUUUCAAGUAGUGAUUAUGGGGCUCGCAAGAGAACCUCACUAUGAGCUCAUCAUUUACUUCAUGUGUGGAUAUUUUGAAAGUUGUAUAAACAUGUUGAGAAUGCUUAGGAUUGAGAAAGUUGUAUUUUGAACCAUUGCAUAUAUGUGACCUGAGGAUUUUUGGUAUUUGAAA